AUGGAAAAUGAAAUAGUUUCUAAUACAACUACCGAAAAACUCGAUUCAAUAUUAAAAUCAAUAAAUGAUAUGAAAGUUACUCAAAAUAAGUUAAUUAACACAGUAAACUUCAUCCGCGAUGAAAAAAAAAAACAAGACAAGCAGUUCGGGGGUAUUGAGUGUAAGUUGGAUAGUUUAUCUAAGAAUAUUGAAGACUUUUUCAACGAAAAUAAAUUAUUGAAAAAUACAAUAAGUAAUAUUGAGUCUAGAUUAUCUAUCCUUGAGGCUAAACCCUCCCAUAUUACUUCUGAAGAAAUGUAUUCUGAAAUUAUUGAUCGUUAA